AUGAUCGAUAACGCCAGACCCAACGGCUCGGUGAUCGACACCCCGGUUUCCAAGGAUGAAUACACACAACUGGUCGAAAGAUUCCUCCAAGGCGCUAGUUUUCAAAUAUUUCCUGCCAAAGAUACCACAGCACUUGAAGAGUACCUCUUCAACCAAAUGCUAGGAGGGGAAAUUGAUGCCAAAAAAGCAUCAAAGUUAUCAAAACAAGGAGCCUCAAUCGCCCAUCAAUUCUAUCCCCUCCAAUCCAGCUCCCCAGAACUCCACCGUCUCACCGGCCUAUACGGAGCCUAUUUCGUUGCCCUGGACGACAUCUGCGCAGCCGAAGCUGACAUGCGUGGAUUCCGCCGCAGCUUCAUCCGAAACUUGCCCCAGGCCAAACUAUUCGAGGGCUGCGCAAAUAUGCUCAGAGAGCUGGAUGACCAUUACCUGGAGUUCUGCUCGGACAAAGCCAUUACCGGGCUCAUCAGCCACAUGAGCUCCGCGGUCUUAGAGUCUGAGACAGAGGGCAAGUUCUCGCAGCUUCGGUUGUCGCCCGGGUUUCCUCAGUACUUUCGAUAUCUGACGGGCAACGCCGAAGCUUUUGUGUGGCUGAUGGUGCCUAGAGAUGUCUGUCCUGGGUAUGGGGAGACUUUUAAAUUGUUCAUUCAGGCAGUGCCGGAGCUUAUUGAUUUCACAAAUAAGGUGAACGACAUCCUUUCGUUUUAUAAGGAGUCGAUCGUGUCUUCUGAGAGUGAUGGUUAUGUUUACCACCGAGCUGAGGUGAAUCAGGUCACUCCACUGCAAUGCUUGAAUGAAAUGGUCGAUGAAGUUCAUGACAAUAUUGAUCGUAUUGAGGCCAUGGUCGUUGGAGAUGCGGAUUUGUUCGAGGUUGCCAAGGCCUAUAUUCGUGGCUAUAUUGGGUAUCAUAUCAUCGAGCCGCGUUAUAAGAUUGGUGAACUAGGAGUACCGUGUUUGAAGUAA